UCCUGCAUGGGGGCAUUCUUUUUUCUUCCAUUUCCUUUUGCCCUACCUUCUCUCCUCUUUCUCCGUUCUUCGUCUCUCUCCCGCGUUAUUCAUCUUCAUCCUUCUAAUGGAGACUACUUUUGAGCCUGAUCUAAUUAACGCUAUCUUCAAGAUCAUCUGGAAACGAAAUGCUCUAAAGCGCGAGAAGAAUGAAGGAGCUGGUACUUCUGAGGCCGACAUGGCAGUUGGAAUGCUGAAAAAAACUCGGCCCACCUCUGCUAAUGCAAAUGCUCUGAAGCUUAGCUGUGAACUCAUGCACAUUUUUGUCUCAGAGGCUGUUCAGCGUGCUUCUACAAUUGCUGAAACUGAGGGCGCCAGCAAAAUAGAAGCAACACAUCUCGAAAGGAUCCUUCCACAGUUACUUUUAGAUUUUUAAGACUGCAACAAUUUCUAAAUUUUAGAUCUGAGCAGUUUUUUGGUAAUGUUUGGAUAGUUUGCAUAACAAUGACUUUGGAUAACAGUUUUACUAGGGAUUUUUAUUUAGAACUUAACUACAACUGCAACUUUUAUACUGUUGCUCAUUUUAGAAAUAAUUUGCUUGUAGAAAGGUUUAGCA